AUGUCCGCAUCAUCGACAUGGGGCUCUGGGAGUGGUUCCGGCUCGGGGGGACGGCGCGAGAAGGUCUUCAAGUACCUGAAGGCGGCCAAUGAGUUACGGCAGAGUUAUGCAGCGCAAUGGGCCGCGCAGCGCGACGGCCUCCGCGAUUACCACGAAGAUUACUUGAAUAAUACCCCCGGGGCGUUUCCAGAUGUUGAAAUCGCUCGUUCUGGCAACGAGGAGAUGGUGAUUUUCCCGAGCUACGCGCGCCGCAUUGUUCAUGAUGGCCGGGUACGCGCACGGCCGCGGCCACGGCGGGACUCGACCUCGACCAUUGAUGAGUAUCGUGGCGCCACAGAUGAGGCGGAAUCUGAGGCUGCCGGAUGGAAUGAAUUGGAUGAUGAGCGGAUGGUUGUCGCGGUGGAUGUGCGUGGCUGGGUUUAUUCGCCUCAUCGCGGGCCGAUGACGCGAAAACACCGCUUGAUGAUUGCGCUUGCGCGGAAGCUGAGCGGUGUUCCUGCUCCGAUAAACUCGACCAAUGAUCCAGAGGAGGCACCGGUGGAGCGGAUGUCGGGGAAACGAGAAGACGAGAUCGUGGAUCAGGAGGUGCAGUCCAUUAUCAAACAAGGACGUAUGGAUCCGGCAUGGAAAGCUGGUGCGGCGGAGGAUGCUGACGACAGCCCGGCUGCUGGACGGUCGCCGCAGAAGAACACGACAGAGUCGGCUCAAAUGAGCAAGGAUGAACUUUCUGUGGCAAACGCCCAUUUGAUGGAGAGAUUGCGCCCGUUUCUGACCAACCCCGUUGCUGGCGUACCCGUCUCGGUUUUCUUUUUCAAUGACGGCCAGAGUCAGUCGAGGAGUAUUGUCACCGAUGAGUCGGGACAUUUUUCUUUACGGGCUGCGCUGCCUUUUGUACCGACACAUAUCCGGGCGCUGGCAUCGGAGGAUCUCUCAGCGGUGAAAGCAGUCGAGGUCAUUGAACCCUCCGGUGUCAGCUUGAUCAGUGACAUUGAUGAUACAGUAAAGCAUUCUGCUAUCGCCAGCGGGGCCAAGGAGAUGUUCAGGAAUACGUUCGUUCGUGAACUGUCGGAGCUUACAGUUGACGGCGUCGCAGACUGGUAUAACAGGCUCGCGAAAAUGGGUGUCGACAUCCACUACGUCUCCAAUGCACCCUGGCAGCUGUACCCAUUGCUGGAGCGGUAUUUCAAGCUAGUGGGGCUUCCCCCAGGGUCAGUCCAUCUGAAAAGUUACAGUGGCAUGCUCCAGGGCAUCUUCGAGCCUACCUCGGAGAGAAAACGAGGUUCGCUGGAGCAGAUUCUACGUGAUUUCCCGGAGCGCAAGUUCAUACUCGUGGGCGACAGCGGCGAGGCGGAUCUCGAGGUUUACACCGACAUCGUCUUGACGAACCCCGGAAGGAUCCUAGGUGUCUUCAUACGCGACAUCACUACUACGGACCGCAAACAGUUCUUUGCAAAGUCUAUCGACCAUCUGGAAACAAACCCCCGCACCCGCAGUAGCCCGCAGCUUAUCGAUCAUUCUGAUGCAGUCUCUAAUCGGCCGGCAUUGCCACCUCGUCAACCGCGUCCAGCCGUCGAUCCAUCGUUGGACACGAAAGGCUCAGAAAUAGAAGACCUGAUUGAUCUCCGAGAUGAAGAGGACAGGAAAGAGGCACCUACCCGGCCUGUGAAACCUGUCAACAUGCGCGCAGCGCCUACAAAGCCAUCCAAACCAUCCUCGUUGCGUGCAGCAUCCAGCACCUCCGAUCCAGCAGAGACACCUUCUGAACCUCCCAAGCGCAAACCUGUCCCACCUGUGCCUCCUCGUCGGCUUGCCAACGCUAAAGCAAGCCCCUUGUUGGAUUCCGAUUCAGCAGCAGAUAGCGUGGGCGGCUCACGUUCGUCCAUGACCAACUCUUUGCCUACGAGAUCAAAGACAACCCCAGAAACCACAACGGGCUCUCAAGAGCGUUCAAAACAAGCACCCCCACCACCUCCACCACGCCGCACCAACACUUCCAGCUCGAUAACCACACAAUCUACCACUCCGUCCUCGACAAGCCAUACGCCUCCACCGCCUCACAAACAACAAUCAUACCCCGCGUCAGCAGCUGCAGCUGCAUUGAACUACGCCUCAGAACGGAUCCCUUGGUCUGCCUCGCCUACGAAUCUCCUUCGAUCUACUGCAUCGAAUCCUUCCCUAAACAGGGCCGGUUCGACCGGUCUCGACGGCGACUCUCAAGCUUCGGGGUUGCCCAAUAAACGGGAAGAGCUUUGGAGAAGACGCUGGGAACGCGCCCAUGAUAUCCUCGCUGACCAGGGAGUUUUACUGGGUAGUUGGCGUGUCGGGAAGGACGUGCAAGAUGUUAGUGUAUGGCUUGUACAAGAAGCUCUCAAGGGUGAUCAGAAGAGCUCCUCGGGGCGUUCACAUGGAGGCGGGAAUUCGUUCACUCCAUAG